AUGCCGCGUUUCGAAGUCGUCACCAAUCGGUAUGGAAGCAUUAUCGACGUACGAGAAUGCGCCGACGAAGCGUACGAGAUGUCGCAGGAGUCUCAAAGUCCACUAGGCCAAUGGAGCAACAAAUACAGUUCCGUGUUGGCCACGCUUGGCUGUACUUUGGGAGCCUUUAACAUCAGUCGGUUCGCAAUACUCGCAGUACAAUUUGGAGCCAACUUUAUACUACAGUUCCUAGUGUUAUCGUUGCUAGUCGGCAUACCUCUGUUCACGUUUCACAGUUCGCUCGGUCAAUUACUAGGCGCCGGGGUCAUGGACAUGUGGAGGAUAUCACCGAUAUUCAAGGGGAUCGGCAUCGCACUGCUCCUGGCCCAGGCGUUCAUCGGCACAUACACCGUGAUUGGCAUCUCGUGGAUGUUCACAUAUUUUCGCGAUUCGUUCAUCACGAAACAAGACGUUUACCGUUGGGCAGAACCGAUCGAAGAGUACAAAGAAGACGGCAUGCCCUGGACUUUGUCUUCAAAUGUCAGCUACAACAUCGAAGAGACUGUACCGGGUUACUUUAAUGGCAUAGUUCUGCAGAGAAAGUACUUGGAAAAACUCGAGAUGAACGACAACUCUUUGAAGUUGCCCGUAGUUAUCAACCUGACGAUCAUAUGGACAAUAGUGUUCAUAUGCUUAAGUAAAGGUCUGAAGUCGUACAGUAAGGUGAUAUGCAUAUUCUCACUGGUACCGGUUUUCGGUAUGUUCAUGUUGUGCACGAAGAUGUUGGGUUUAGCGCCAAUGAUCGGGUUCCAGCAUCACGACAUUUUUCCGGAAACGGAUUGGAGCGAGUUUUUUCUCAACACCAAGAGUUGGGUGGCGGCGUUCACCGAGACGUUCCUCACGUGGGGAAUACUCGGCGCGUGCACAAUGCAAAUCACUUCGCACAAUCGGCCGAAGCAUUUGCUGCACAGAGACGCUUCGUUAGUGAUCAUCCUAACAAUAGCCGUACUCGUAUUGGCCGCGUUUUUAGCCAACACGUGCGUCCAUCUCCUCGAAGCCCACGGAUACAUGUACCUGCCCAGUUCUUUCGAACGGAUGAGUUCCUAUACGUUUCUGUUCAAGCAGAAUUCCGCUCAGGCCCGCAAACACUUGACGCCCGUGCGAUGGAUGCAGCACAGCAGUCUGUUCAUGGGCGAGAGGACGAUGAAGAACAACGUGCCGGGGAUGCCGCAGGAGAGCGGAUACCAGGCCAUGCGUUUGGCGACCGAACUGUUUCCGGCCACGUUCGCCAUGAUCGGCGCCAAGAACAUCUCGCCAUUCUGGUCCGUCCUGUUUUAUUUCGUGCUCAUCAUGUUUGGCAUUGGACAACAAAUCGCGAUAUGGCACUGCGUUGUCAGCGGCAUCAUAUCUUUGCAUCCGUUCAAGCUGAGGAAAUGGCGCACAACGAUCACGUUUCUGUCGUGUGCGGCUGCUUUUUCGAUCGGUCUAUUUAUGGCGACUGAACUGGGCAUUUUCAUCGUGUACUUGAUGGACUACUGCGUUGGAUGCGGUUGGUGGAUAAUGAUAUUGUAUUUGCUGGAAAUCGGAGCCUUGUUCAUGGUGCGCGGUCGUCCAUACAGCGGCGAGACGGUAGUGGCAACGCUGUUUUCGCAGGCCAACCAUCACCUUCAGGUGUGGAUGGCGCCGAUGCUGUCGUUCGACUGGAACAUCGUCGUGCCAGUGGCUCUCAUCCUACUCAGCACGUCCGUGUUCAAAAACGGAGGAUACCGGUGGCUGUACAACUGGAAAAGCGUGUCUCAGUCCACGUAUUGGUCGUCGUCCAGCCGGGAGUUUGGCUGUUUGCUGCAGAUCGUUCCUCUGCUCAUCGUCCCGUUCGCCGGAAUCGUGCAGACUUGCCGGUACCUGGCCACCGGACCCCCGGACUUGUUCGACCGGAUCCAGAUGCUGUACCGGCCAGUGAUCGAGACCCGCAGGCCACCGGAAAGCGGAGAGGCGACGUCCGAGGCGGGCGUGAACGGCUCAGCGGCCGUGCAGAUCGAAGACCCGCCGCCCAAGUACACGCCGCCGCCGUCAUAUUCCACGGCCACCGGAGCAAGAAUCGCAAAAAUGUUGCGGCAGAGCAUCCGGCGGAGCGUGCGCAGGUUGGCGCACGUACUCGGCAACCACCAUCAGUCGGCGAUACUCGGUGAGUCUUCUUCGUCGUCUUCGUCGGCCGCCGCGCGUACCGUCCAAGCGGCGGCGGCGGCGGCGACGACGUCUUCGCACCACCAUCAGCAGACCACUGUCCUCUCGGGGACGACGCAACUGCCGGCGACGGACGUCCAACAAACUUCGGCCGCGUCGUCUCCGCCGCCCGACUACACGACCGUGCUGGUCGAGAUGAACAGGGACGACGACGACGCAGUUUCCGUCACGCGGACCGUUUGCGGCGAAUCGUCGUCCGCGUCCAGCCUGUCCGACGAGCAGAGCACCAGCAUCGAGUGUCUGAUGGAACGGGCCGCGCCCAUCAACGUGGACAGGACAGGACCGGUAGCAUCUACGGCGGCGGCGGCGUCGCAGUAG